AUGGCACACUCAAAAAAGGAAUUACAGAGAAAAAGCUCACAUUUGCUAAAAAUAGAUGAAGAAUAUACAACAAUAACAGAACCUUCGUCGUGUCGAGAGCCUAAAUUAAAAAAUAUUUUUCUUAUUGAAUUAAACGUAUCUUGUAUAUUCCAGGAAGAAACAGAUAUAGCCGAACGUCGUCGAACAGCGGCUAAUCAAUUAAUGACCGGUUUUCGUAGUGAAACUGUUCGAUGGCGUCAAGAAUUGAACAAUAUGAAAAAUCGUGAAAAUCAAUUAUUAGGUAAUUGUUUAUUAGGUGCCAGAUUUUUAGCCUAUUUGGGACCAUUUACAUUUGAAAUUCGUGAAGAAUUAUUACAUAAUCAAUGUAAUAAUUGUAUUGAUUGA